AUAGAAUAUCGAUUGAACUAAUCCAUGUUAAGAGCCUUUUUAGUGCACCUUGUGCGGAAUAUUUCACGAUCUGGACGAGGAAAAAUGUCAAAUUCUCCAAAAGUAUAUCUUUGCAACGAUGAAAACGGCGAAGGAUCUCAACCAGCAUCCUUUGAACAGUGCUGUUUGACACACUUGAGAUGUAAAGGCAAYMGGAUGGACGUUGGCUACAAAUAUCAGAAUGGGAAGCUGGAAGUUUACCCCAGUGCACAAGGUGUCAGACUAGAGCAUCCUACUGGAUGUCCRUGUCGUUUCCUUACUGCUACAGACAUUGCUAGUCUAUCAUCAGCUCGAACGCAGGGUGUAGGUGUUGGAGUCUCUGUAAUUCUUCAGUCAUCUGACAACCGUGUGCUUCUUACAAGAAGAGCAAAACAUAUGAGAACUUUCCCGUCUGUUUGGGUCCCCCCUGGUGGUCAUAUUGAACAGGGAGAAACACUUUUAAAAGGAUGUCUUAGAGAGCUGAAAGAAGAAACUGGACUCAAUUUUACAGAAGAUGAUAUCAAUUUUACAACUCUUGGACUUUGGGAGUCAGUAUACCCACCUCUUAUUUCUAUGGGACUACCAAAGAGGCACCAUAUUGUUGUGUAUCUCUUAGCCCUGGCCAAUGAGGACUCUAGGACCCUUCAGCAGAGGUUAAAAUUUCAUCCAGAUGAAGUAGAUGCAAUCACAUGGCUYGAYGAGUACAUGGCAACUGAUGUUGCUUCUAGUGAYGAUUACGGCCAGUCGAGAAAAGUACCGCAAAGAUACUUUGAAGCACAAGURCAAAGAGAUAAUGGGCUAGAAAUAGUAAAACUGCCUUUGUCUAUAUUAAUGGCUGUUCUACCUCCAGCGCCUGGAGUUGAUUGUGAAAGACUUUCAUCUGGGACUAAAUUUGCAUUACGGCAAUGGCUCAAGGCUUUGUACACUCCUCCUGAAGGGGGAAUGGAAAGAGGGGACUCUUUAGAGACUGUGUUUCUUACUAUAACGAAAAAGGGACAUCAACCUGAGAAAAGCCCAUUCUGGAGUGAAUGAAUUUAACAUACUAUGAAGCAACAAUACUUAUUAUUUCUGGAUUGCUAAAAAUGUAAACAAUGUAAAUUGACAAGCUGGUGUAUUUAGCGUGCUUUUCUUGCAAAUUUGAACAAUCUUCUUGGCAGAUUUGCGGAUUUCAGCAACCCCUAUGCCCCUACUCCCUGGAUAAUAUUACAGUACAUGUACAUCAUGCUGUGAUCCCAAGUGUGGAUUUGGUGUUUCUUGAGUGACAUUAUUUAAGAUUAUAAAAUCAUUUUAAUGAAUUAUUAAAUAAUUAUUAAAAUAAUUCAUUAGGUAAACACAAUGGAAAACAUUGCUGUGUUACUAGUACUACUUCUAUUUGCUAUUAAAAUUUUUACCUUA